AUGCCGUCGCCGUCAGCACACGCGGAGGAGGAAAGAAGUCCACGAGAAACCGACGCCGAGGCCGAAGCCGCGACUGCGGACAUCGAGCCUGAUUACAGCCAAGACGACGAGGGAUUUUCGGAAUCGACAUCGAGCAGCUACGUGACUUCCAUCGCAUCCGAUAUUCGAAGAGGCGUAAUAGAGAAUGGACGGGUCUACGCGGCCUACGGAAUCCACAAGUCGUGGACCCCGGUCGACGAGGCAGAGAUGGAUCGAAACGAAUUGCAGCACUGUAAAUUCAUGCUCCUCAUGAACGACGAACUCUACCUCGCCCCCAUCACCCCCGACCCCCAAAAAAUCCUCGACAUCGGCACGGGCACUGGAAUCUGGGCCAUGGACAUGGCCGACAAAUUCCCCGCCGCCACCGUCAUCGGCUUUGACAUCGCCCCCGUGCAGCCGUCCUUCGUGCCGCCGAACCUCCACUUCGAAGUCGACGACGCCGAGGCCGAUUGGCUCUGGGAGCAAAACAGCUUCGACUUCAUCCACGGGCGCGAACUGAUCCUCGCUAUCCGCGAUUGGCCCCGUCUUAUAGCGCAGGCCUACGCGGCGCUUAAACCGGGGGGAUAUCUUCAGCUGGCGGGAUCGUAUCCGGAGUUUCGUUCCGACGAUGAUACCUUGCCGGCGGAUCUUGCAUAUGUUGAGCUGGGGCAGAUCUAUUUUGAAAUGUCUGAGAAAGUUGGCGUCUCGGGGCGGGAUUUGCUCGAGUGGAAGCAACAGCUUAUAGACGCGGGAUUCGUCGACGUCGUGGAGAAGAUGUACAAGAUUCCGACGAACCCUUGGCCCAAGGAUCCGAGGCUAAAGAAAGUUGGCGCUUUCGAGCUGUUGCAUUUCCGGGAGACGAUUUCGAAUGUUUUUGCCAGGGGGUAUACGGAGAUUCUUGGUGGGGAUCCGGUGUAUCUUGAGGUGUUGCUUGCGAGGGCGAGGCAGGAGGUGCUUGAUCGAAAUAUGCACAGCUACGUUCCCUAUUUUGUGGUUUAUGGACGAAAACCAGAAGACAGCCACGUCCACGAGCAAGCUGAACCCCUGCAGCCCACGGCCUAA